AUACUAAUACAAAAGAAUUAUUAUCACGCAAUUGCUCCAAUCGAAAAUGUGCACAGUUGAAAAGCAAGGCAAUCUCUACAUCCUAACCCUAAUUGGCAACAAUGAACAUCGUCUAAACCCAACCCUAAUUACCUCAAUCCGAUCAUCUCUCUCCCAAAUCAAAUCCCAAUCCCUUCAAUCUAAAUCCCCUUCCGCUCUUAUCACCACCGCACAUGGUAAAUUCUUCUCCAAUGGCUACGACAUUGCCUGGUCAAAAUCCACACCAAAGCCUAACCUUUCCUCCCAAAUCAUGAACGCGCAAUUACAAUCCCUAAUUUCAGAAUUAAUCAAUUUUCCGAUGCCGACAAUCGCCGCUAUCAAUGGACACGCAUCAGCAGCAGGGUUUAUACUAGCAAUGGCACACGAUUACCUUCUAAUGAGGAAAGACAGAGGGUUUCUGUACAUGAGUGAAGUAGAUAUCGGGCUAGUGAUUCCGCCAUGGUUUCAUGCUAUUAUGAGAUGUAAAAUUGGAGGCGGAUGGGAAGGUAUGAGAAGAGUGGUUUUAAUGGCGGAGAAAAUGACGGGAGAGAAAGCGAAGAGAGAGAUAGGGGUUGUUCAUGAAGUGUUUGAAGGUGAAAAGGGAGCCAUUGAAGGAGCAGUAGAGUUAGGAGAAGAAUUGGUUAAAAAGGGUUGGGAUGGUGAAGUAUAUGCUGAGAAUAGAAAAGGGUUGUUUAAAGAUGUUUUGGAUUUGAUUUCCAUUGAUGAUGGUGUUGUUAAUGGUUCUAAGAUUAUGACAAAACUGUGAUUAUGGUUUGUGUUGAUGUCAAAAAUAUUCAUUGAGUUUAUGUAUUUAAGAUUUUUAUGUCAAAUGUUCAGAAAUGGAUAUAUUUUUGUAAACAUUAGACUCCAAAUGAGGAGCUUGUAACAUGUAUAAAAGGACUUAGUCAAUGCAAGUAUAAGGUGCGUGUCGUUAGGAGAUCGUCUCCUAUCAUUAAAAUGCAAGUAAUGUGUUUGUUGUAUUAAUAAAUCAUAAAUGCAAUAAUCCAAGAAAGGUUGGCUAAUGUUUA